CAAAACUAUAGAAAUAUGAGAAGUGGCUCACUCGUCUGCUUUGCCUAAAAGACAGAGGUCCUGCUAUCCAUUCAUUUACAAUAACUGCUUCUUGUCUUAGCUUUUUACUUUUUCUCAUAUGUCCCCUUUUAAUUGAAACCUUAAUACUUCAUAUUUUUAUUUGGAAAAUGGACUCCUUAAAAGUCAGUACACCUUUACUGCAUCUUGUUGUCUUCAUAAUAUACUGCAUUUUGCAAGGCACCUGUCAACAACACCACAGAAUAGCUGGUGGUCCCAACCCUUCAUGGAGGCAGAGGGUGCAGUGGCAGAACAAUGGGAGAGUAUACAGCCUACUGAGCCAGGGUUCUGAGUAUCAGCCAUCAAGGAGAAGAACCUCUGCAUCGGGUUCACCUAACAAUCCUUUGCUGCUAUUAAGCAGUAGAAAUAAUACAUCUCCAGGAGCUUCAGUGAGACCACAAGAUUCCAGACCUGAAAACCCUCAGACUGAAGUUCGACAAGCAACAAGCACAAAUCAGGCAAGUGAGACUGAAAGUCGUCUCUGGUUCCAAGCUGGCAGACCAAGAAGUCAAGGAGAGGAUGCUUCUCCUAGACAAAGAAGCAGACAAGAGAGUGCUUCUGACAGGAGACACACUGCUGCUCGACCCAGUCCACAGCCAUCACAAAGAGUAAAUGCAACUACAAGCAAUAGAGGCAGGCUGGACAGGAUGCAAGGAGAUGAUCCAUAUAACCCUUACAAGUAUGGUAAUGAUGACAAUCCUUAUUACAACUACUAUGACACCUACGAGAGGCCAAGGCCAUCUGAUAGGCAACGACAUGGCUACGGUACCCGGUAUCAUCAGAAUGGGCUUCCAGACUUGGUUCCAGAUCCCUACUACAUCCAGUCCUCCAUUUAUGUGCAAAAAAUGUCCAUGUACAGCCUGAGAUGUGCAGCUGAGGAGAACUGUCUUGCAAGCUCAGCCUACCGGUCAGAUGUCAGAGAUUAUGACCAGAGGGUGCUUCUUCGCUUUCCUCAGAGAGUGAAAAAUCAAGGAACAGCUGACUUUAUGCCAAGCAGACCCCGUUACUCAUGGGAAUGGCACAGCUGCCACCAACAUUACCACAGUAUGGACGAGUUUAGUCACUAUGACUUACUUGAUGCACAGUCGCACAGAAGAGUUGCUGAGGGCCACAAGGCCAGUUUUUGCCUGGAGGAUACAUCUUGUGACUAUGGUUACUAUAGGCGAUUUGCAUGUACUGCACAUACACAGGGACUGAGUCCUGGUUGUUAUGACACCUACAAUGCUGAUAUUGAUUGCCAAUGGAUUGACAUCACAGAUGUAAAGCCUGGAAACUAUAUUUUGAAGGUCAGUGUGAAUCCAAGCUACUUGGUUCCAGAAUCUGAUUACUCCAACAACAUUGUCCGCUGUGAUGUACGAUAUACCGGUCAACAUGUAUACACUUCUAGCUGUUCGAUUUCUCCCUAUUAGACUGCAGGAAAGAAAUCAUAUCAAGGUUUGAUUAUUCUGGAGUUGACAAGUCAUUGGAUCCAAUUGGAUGUAAACACUUUUCAAUGGAAGCAUAUGGACUUUGACAUAAACUGGAUUUUAACCAUGUGUAACGAAGUUAGCACUAUUUUAAUACAUACAAUGACUGGUUGAUCUGUGUAGGAAUGACAUUGGUUUAUUUUUUCGAUACAGACAAGUAAUAUUCCCAUAUAUGCAAUAAUGAGGCAAAAUGAUUUCUAUAUCAGUCCGGAUAUCGGAUCCGCAAAAUACAGAUACUGGCCGUGUGCGUCCCUCUCGCUUUGCAGUCCCGCAUGUUCCGACCAUAAUAUAAAUGCCUAUUCUAGUCCGCAAAACGGAAAAGAAUAGGACAUCUAUCUUUUAUGUGGGUCCGCAGAAUGGACAUGUGGAUAGCUGUCCACAUCUUUUGCAGGCCCAUUGAAAUGAAAGGGUCGCAUCCAAUUCGCUGUGGAUGACCGAAAAUACGGUCGUGUGAAUGGACCAUAACACACAUCCUUUUCACACUGGAUUCAUUUUAUGCUGUCAGGAGAUAGCCACCAGCAGUGGCUUACUCCUCCAUUGACAACACCUGCACGGACGCCCAAAUGGAGCGUGUAUGUGUAUGGGGCAGUCGGGAGGAACAGGCGUCAGCUGAAAGACAACUAUUGUAGUAGGCAUCUUUAUUUGUAGCUGCAGGUUUCCAAUGUUAAAUCCUCAAUAAACCCCCCCCCCCCCCCACUCACAUACUAUGAGCCAUUUAUAAUACUAGUGUUGUCCUUUGCAGCAGUAAGACUAUUGGGCCCCUUCAGGCACCAGUUGCAACUUCAAUCUGUGCAGCAGCAUCUCCACCAACAUCUGCAACCCUGCAUU